AUGGAUUCUGAUGAUCGAACUGAUAGUUUUCGUCAAUCUCAUACCAUGGAUCAAACAUUGACUGCUCCAUUAAAUAAUACGACUGAUUUUCUUGGAGCAGGAAAUGACCUUGGUCAAACGACAGUCAGUGCCGAGCUUAUGUUAGAUGAAAGUGCUCGAGAAUUACUUAAAGUUGGUUUUAAAAAAUUGGCUAAAAAAAAUGAUUAUAUUCGUAUAGAAGAUGUCGGUGAUGCUUUUCGUCAUUCUGGUCAAAAUCCAACCGAGGAUGUUAUUAAAGAUUUGACUGAAAAAGCGAAAGCAAUUAAAAUUAGAGUUCCUCAAGAAGAUGAAGACGAGGAUGAUAUAAAACCAUCAGAUGAUCAUUUAUCAUUUGCUGAUUUUCUGACAGCUGUUCAUGAAUACUGGAUACCACUUGAAAAUGAUAAACAACAAUUACAAGAAGCAUUUGAAACUCUUGACCCACAAAAUAAAUCAAAACUGAUGGUUGAUGAAUUUGUAUAUUUACUGAAAAGUUGCGAUUGGACAGACGAAGAUAUUGAACUAAUUCUAUCGCAAGUUAGCUGUGCUGAUGGCUAUUUUCUUUAUGAUGAUUUACAAAGAAUUCUUCUAACACCCGUUGAAUUACAGAAGAAAAAAUCGGGAAAAUCAAAAAAGAAAAAAUAA